AUGUCGGCCUUUGUGACAGAGAUAUGGACGUGGUAUGCGUUGACGUGGGUGAUUGUCAUCUGUAGGAUGAUAUCACGACGCAUGCUACUCGGAUCCAUCAAGAAGCUCCAAGUUGAAGACUACCUGAUGCUAUUUGCCAUGAUCACCGACACGGUCCUCAUGGUCGGCAUGUCGAUUGUCUCUCGGACGAGCAGCAACCUCAUCGAUCCCAACGAUAAGCACGUCAUGUCCCAGGCAGAGAUCGAUGAGCGAGUCCGCGGAUCCAAAUGGGUUCUCGUGGUUGAGCAGAUGCAGAUCAUCACCAUCUGGACGAUGAAGUACUGCUUGCUGCUCAUGUACAACCGACUUACGAUGAGUUUGCGACAAAACAUUGCCGUCAAGUUUGUCGCCGGCUAUGUCACACUCGGACUUGUUCUUAUGGAGAUUCUCUACCUUGGAGUUUGGUGCCGACCCUUUAACCAGUUCUGGGCUGUGCCUCCCAAGAACACACAAUGCGCCACCCAGACAAACCAUCUCAUCGUCAACACCGUCCUCAACAUCUCGUCCGAUGUCAUGAUCAUCCUGAUCCCCAUGCCCAUCUUCCUCAAGUCCCAGUUGCCCCUGAAGCGCAAGCUCGUUCUCAUUGGUGUCUUUGCCCUGGGUGCCUUUACAAUCCUUUCCGCCAUCCUUAGCAAGUUCUACAGCUUCAACGAACCCUUCGGCUCCAACUGGACCUUCUGGUAUGUCCGAGAGUCGUCGACGGCCCUCCUCACCUCCAACCUUCCCUACAUCUGGACCCUCCUCCGCCGUCUCUUCAACCUCGGCUCCUUCAACGGCUCGUCCUAUGGCAAGCGCUCGACGAACCCGUCGACCGCCUUCCGAUCCAACUUUACCAACCACCGCUCCGGCGUGCGCUCCCAGGUCAGGGCCGAAGGAGGCACCCUGCACCGCCUCGACAGCGAGGAGCAGAUCAACGCCACCUACUCGAUGCCUCUCAAGAUCUACCAGAAGCACGAGGUCGAGAUCAGCAGCGAAGAAGCUGGUCCCGAAGAUCGACGAAGUCCUCCGGGUGUUGUCCCUCGCGACUUGGAGGGUCACAAAGACCUGAGCACACGUAGUUCAUCACGCGACGACAUGGAGACUGGCUCAGAGAGGUCAGCCGUGGGCGUCGUCAAGGUGUUCCACGGAGUAUGA